CAAGUUCAUCAGCAUCAACACGUGAAAACACCAACCGGAAAUAAACAUGAGCUCUUCACUGUCCCUGAUGAUUCAGCAGCUUCUCUCCCGCCACUAAUAACCAUUUAAAACUUCUCCACCCGGGACCCCGGAGCUGUCUAUCCUCCAGCAUUGGCUUCCUCCGAGCAUCACAGCCCCCAGCAGCAGCAGCAACGUCAGCCCGGCAAGAGCGCCUCUCCGCGGGACUCAGUAGCGGAGAGCGGCUCGGUCUCCCCGCGGGAACAGUGCGGUGCUCAGGAGCUCCAAGAGCGGCUGCGCUCCACACCUGCCUCCGCCUCUCCUUCCUCCGGAGAGAUGGCAGCGACCAAAGCGGAGCUGCUCCUGUCCACCCUGCAGAUCUCUGACCCGCUGGCCGGCUUCCUGCCGCCGCUGUCCCCGCUGGACGGGUACCCGAAGCUGGAGGAGCUGCAGAUGCUGCUGCAGAGCGCCGCGGCCGGAGGCUCACUGAUGGCCGCGUCGGCGGCGGAGGGAGCCGGACUGCUGAGCGGAGAGUCCGGGGAGUACGGAGACUCUUUGUCGGAGAUCCCGGACCUGCAGAGUCUCCCCCGCCUCACCCCUCUGGCGUACAGUGGCCGCUUCACCUUUGAGCCAUCGGCCUGUGGCGGCGGCGGCGGUGGCGGCGGCCUGUGGGCUGAGCCUCUGCUCAGCCUGUUCACGGGGUUGGUCAGCAUGGCGGCUCCUCCCCCUGCGGCCUGCAGCCUCUCCUGCUCUUCAUCAUCAGUGACAUCAUCAUCAUCGUCACUGUCGCAUCCGAGCUUCAGCUCCGCCCAGAUCAGUUGUGGCUCUGACGUCACCUCAGUCUUCUCUGCCACGCCCACAUACUCCACCGCCACCGCUUCCAACCUCCUCCUCCCCCUUGCGGACUCCCAGCCGGCGCCCCAGGCCUUCCAGCCUCAGGGCCCCCCUCCCGCCUACCCCACCCCCACCUCCAAGCUCGGCCUCCAGCCGCCCCCCCUGGCAGUGCCCAUGAUCCCGGACUACCUCCUGUCUCAGCAGCAGGACGCCGAGCUGCUUCAGGACCAGAAGCCCGUGCUGCCGCAGAGUCUGAACACGCUGCUGCAGCCUCCACUCACGCCACUCUCCACCAUCAAAGCCUUCUCCUCGCAGAUCCAGACCCCGCCUCAGGGCUCCGCCUACCAGCCCCCGCUCACCAAGUCAGGCCGGAUCAGGAAGUCCCCCACGGGCCGACAGUGCAAGACGCCACCUAACGAGCGUCCGUAUGUCUGUCCCGCCGACGGCUGCGACCGCCGCUUCUCCCGCUCCGACGAGCUGACGCGCCACGUGCGCGUGCACACGGGCCAGAAGCCGUUCCAGUGUCGCAUCUGCAUGCGCAGCUUCAGCCGCAGCGACCACCUGACCACGCACAUCCGCACGCACACCGGAGAGAAGCCGUUCGCCUGCGCCGAGUGCGGACGCAAGUUCGCUCGCAGCGAUGAGCGCAAGAGGCACGCCAAGAUCCACCAGAGGCAGCGUGACCGCAGGACUGACAGGAGCUCCGCCUCCUCCUCUGCCAAGACCCCCACCUACUCCUCCCCUCCCAUCUCCUCCCCCUGCUCCUCCUACUCCUCUCCCGCUCAUAGCUCCUCCUCCCCUGCUGCCUCACUCCUCCCCUCCUCCUCCUCUUUCCCCUCCCUCAGCGUGCAGGCCGCCUCCCCCUGCUUCACCUCCUCCCCCUCCUCGCUGUCACACAUCUACACCUCCUCACCGUCCCCCCACCUCUACUCCUCCUCCUGCUCCUCUCCGAUGGGGAGUCCUCAGUCGGAGCUCCCCUCCCCCCACAGCUCCAACAUCUGCUGACAGACAGGAGGUCCACCUGUGCCAUGGUGACCUUUGACCUCAGACUGACUCUCCGCCUCAACAUGAACAUUUUCACAAAACACAGCAGACUGUUGGAGUGUGACGAGGUCAAAGGUCAGAGGUCAACGUGUCGUCUCCGUCCAUCAGACAAUUCUCUCUCUGCAGACGUCUUCACGUCGCCGUCGAGUCAAACAUGUCGUCUGUCGGAGAAACUGCUGAUUGAAGAGACGUGACUGAGUGACUGUUUAUCUGUACAUAUGUUUACAUGUAACAUACAUGAAGAUGUACAUAGUAUCUACCUACUGAGUAGGUUCUGGGACGUUUGUAUGUUUACAUCCAGGUCAGUUUGAUUUUAUACUGAACGUGUUUUGAAGC